AUGGCUACUUUAUUUUCUAACAUUUUGGAUGUGUUAAUUGUAGAAAGGCUUGGGGCCAGAUUUGGACUGAACGAAGAGUUAAAGUGCCGAAGGUAAGAGUCAUGUUAAAUCGAACAAGGUAUUUUCACGUUCCAGAUUGUUUUCUGUUUUAGGUCACACGCUAUAAGGGGUCAGUGAGUGCAACUGUCCACAAUGUUCAGAAGUGACAAGAGAGUAAAGAAAAUAGCGUACGAACCGUAAGUACAAACGAAUUAGGUAUCCUGCAAACUGACAAAGAAAUUACAAUACCAUUCACCAAAGCUAAAACGAGUUUCAAGCUUGUUAUGUUUCGCUGAAUACUCCCAACUCUUGAAAAAGACUCGCCGACGAGUGGAUGGACCGUGAUUGGACCAUAGAUUCCUUAAGGUGGCGAGAGGCGAUUGCGAGAAUCAAGCCCUUUGACUUUUGUUCAGUGGUUUCUGGUAAGUGUUAAAGUUUGUAAGUGGAAUCAAGCCACGUCACUGCUCCCUUAACGAACAAGACAGAAGCAACAGAGAGGCCUUCAUUACAAUGGCUCAAGUUAUGAUUCAGUUUUUCGCAGAAGUAUUUCACUCAGAUCAGAAAGUCCAAAUUGUCUUAGCCGUGCAAUGAAGUAUAUCUCUGUAGUAAGAGAUUUGGAACCGCUCACAUGAUUCCCGUUUAAAAAGAGCAUUUAAAACUAAAAAAGUUCCAAACGUUUCUCUUUAAAGCAUGUUUAAUCCAGUAGUUUUGUUGCUUUUGUCAGCAUUUUCCAUAUAUUUUUUCCGAGAACCUAAUUGGAAUUCUCGGUGCCGGUGAUUUGAAUGUAUUGAAUUCUCAAAGACAGCCAAAGUGAAAAAUGUCACAAAAGUUCCAUAUUUUUUGGGGGUAAAAUAAUAAGAUUUGAAUAGAGCUGUUCGAAAGUUCUACUAAGGGAGGUUUCAUUUGGAUGGCAACAUCGGAGGAUUUCUCCUAAAUGAUAAAACGCUAGAGUGAAAAAUCAUGCUUCUCGCCAUAACUUAGUCUUGUAGCGAAAGGAAAUCUUUUCAAUGAUUUUCAUGGGGAACGGAAACAAUCGCUUGCAUUGUUUCAACGCCUCUUGUUUUCUAGAACUCUUUUACUUAGUCUACUUAGGUCACCCCAAGGAGUACAGGAGCUCAGAAAGCUGUCGAGAAGUCUCCACUUGUGAUCCAUGGGACGUUAAAGGAGGCGUCAAAGCAGAGGUUUGUACGAGAUAGGAAAGUAAUCCCUUUUGAGUUGUGAUAGUAACCAAAGAAUAUGGAUGAGAAAGACUACAAUCCUAACAAAAGGUGCAUGGAAAAUACAUUCGUAUGAAAAAGUACAAAUGCAAUAAAGAAAAGAAGGAAACUUUAAGAUGAAAAGGCAAGAUAAAGAACAACAUACGGAAAUGACCCAGUUUUUAAAUUUUUUAUGUUUGGGGGCGCGGCCAUUUUAACCCCUGUUGUAAACUAAGAUUUGGACUGCCAAACCCUAAAAUGUGUUUCGCAGAUUAUUACGACGACGUAAGUGGAGCUGCGAAAAGAAAUCGCAACGAAAUCAGAGAAAAGAUAAAAACUGAUUACAGAUAUCUUCCAAAGAAAGUUAUAUGAAAAGGAAUUUAUUUAAAACUGAUGGUGUUUUGUUUGUUUGUAUGUUUCAACAGCUACAAAGGAAGGAGCAAACCGCCUUAACUGCGCAUGACUGA